AGCGACCCAGUGGCUAGGGACUGAAGAGUGCUCUCCUUCCCCCGCCCUACAGGGUCUCCUCUCUCCUACUCUUUGUAGUCACAUGCCCAGGUUUUUCCCCGGGUCCCGAGGAAAACAGACACAGCCCCGCCCAGUCUAUUUCUAGGAGGUGGGUUUGGUGAAUAAAAAGGUCAAGUGGUCGGGUCCGCGAGCUGGUCCAUGGCGCGGGGGGACUGGAAGGACACCUGGCAAGGCCCGCCCCGCCUGUUCCCUCCACCCUGGCCGACCUGCCUGCCUGCGGCUGGCCUCCCUAGGCCACAUUCUUGUUCUGAGUGCGAGAGGCGGUGGGAAAAGCAAUCCUGAACUAGGAUCAGCGGCCGAAGCUGAUCCUGCGAUGGCAUUUUGUUUUGAACAGUUGCUGGGGUUGACGUUUCCUCAUAAGGUCACUUUCAUGAAUUCAAAGGCAAUUUACCAGUGAUUUCUGGGUGCUGGGGCUGAUUUUUGUGCAUAAUUGAAAGAAACUGCAAACAUUUUUAUAUGCUUCCAUCUCAGGAUGCUGCCAUCAGUUGUCCAGCAAAAUAAGUGAAAAGAGGUACUACAAGGUAUAUAAAAUGUCUCUGCUGCCAUGGAGCUUACAAUCUAGUGGAGAAGAAUGUCUUCCAAGCAAGCCACCUCUCCAUUUGCCUGUGCAGCUGAUGGAGAGGAAGCGAUGACCCAGGAUUUGACCUCAAGGGAAAAGGAAGAGGGCAGUGAUCAACAUGUGGCCUCCCAUCUGCCUCUGCACCCCAUAAUGCACAACAAACCUCAUUCUGAGGAGCUACCAACACUCGUCAAUACCAUUCAACAAGAUGCUGAUUGGGACAGCGUUCUGUCAUCUCAGCAAAGAAUGGAGUCAGAGAAUAAUAAAAUAUGUUCCCUAUAUUCCUUCCGAAAUACCUCUACCUCACCACAUAAGCCUGACGAAGGGAGUCGGGACCGCGAGAUAAUGACCAGUGUUACUUUUGGAACCCCAGAACGCCGCAAAGGGAGCCUUGCCGAUGUGGUGGACACACUGAAACAGAAGAAGCUUGAGGAAAUGACUCGGACUGAACAAGAGGAUUCUUCCUGCAUGGAAAAACUACUUUCAAAAGAUUGGAAGGAAAAAAUGGAAAGACUAAAUACCAGUGAGCUUCUUGGAGAAAUUAAAGGUACACCUGAGAGCCUGGCAGAAAAAGAACGGCAGCUCUCCACCAUGAUUACCCAACUGAUCAGUUUACGGGAGCAGCUCCUGGCAGCGCAUGAUGAACAGAAAAAACUGGCAGCCUCGCAAAUUGAGAAACAACGGCAGCAAAUGGACCUUGCUCGCCAACAGCAAGAACAGAUUGCAAGACAACAGCAGCAACUUCUGCAACAGCAGCACAAAAUUAAUCUCCUGCAGCAACAGAUCCAGCAGGUUCAGGGUCACAUGCCUCCGCUCAUGAUCCCAAUUUUUCCACAUGACCAGCGGACCCUGGCAGCAGCUGCUGCCGCCCAACAGGGAUUCCUCUUCCCCCCUGGAAUAACAUACAAACCAGGUGAUAACUACCCCGUACAGUUCAUUCCAUCAACAAUGGCAGCUGCUGCUGCUUCUGGACUCAGCCCUUUACAGCUCCAGAAGGGUCAUGUCUCUCACCCACAAAUUAACCCAAGGCUAAAGGGCCUAAGUGACCGUUUUGGCAGGAAUUUGGACACCUUUGAACAUGGUGGUGGCCACUCUUACAACCACAAACAGAUUGAGCAGCUCUAUGCCGCUCAGCUGGCCAGCAUGCAGGUGUCACCUGGAGCAAAGAUGCCAUCAACUCCACAGCCACCAAACACAGCAGGGGCAGUCUCACCUACUGGGAUAAAAAAUGAAAAGAGAGGGACCAGCCCUGUAACUCAAGUUAAGGAUGAAGCAGCAGCACAGCCGCUGAAUCUCUCAUCCCGACCCAAGACAGCAGAGCCCGUGAAGUCCCCAACAUCUCCCACUCAGAGCCUCUUCCCAGCCAGCAAAACCAGCCCUGUCAAUCUGCCAAACAAAAGCGGCAUCCCCAGCCCCCUUGGAGGAAGUUUGGGAAGAGGAUCCUCUUUAGGUAAAUGGAAAAGUCAACACCAGGAAGAGACUUAUGAAUUAGAUAUCCUGUCCAGUCUCAACUCCCCUGCCCUAUUUGGGGAUCAGGAUACAGUGAUGAAAGCCAUUCAGGAGGCUCGGAAGAUGAGAGAGCAGAUCCAGCGGGAGCAACAGCAGCAACAGCCCCAUGGCGUUGAUGGGAAACUGUCUUCCAUGAAUAAUAUGGGACUUAACAACUGCAGGAAUGAAAAGGAAAGAACACGCUUUGAGAAUUUGGGGCCCCAGUUAACAGGAAAAUCAAAUGAAGAUGGAAAACUGGGCCCAGGUGUCAUCGACCUUACUCGGCCAGAAGAUGCGGAGGGAAGUAAAGCAAUGAAUGGCUCUGCAGCUAAACUACAGCAGUAUUAUUGUUGGCCAACAGGAGGUGCCACUGUGGCUGAAGCACGAGUCUACAGGGAUGCCCGGGGCCGUGCCAGCAGUGAGCCACACAUCAAGCGACCAAUGAAUGCAUUCAUGGUUUGGGCGAAGGAUGAGAGGAGAAAAAUCCUUCAGGCCUUCCCUGACAUGCACAACUCCAACAUUAGCAAAAUCUUAGGAUCUCGCUGGAAAUCCAUGUCCAACCAGGAGAAGCAACCUUAUUAUGAAGAGCAGGCCCGGCUAAGCAAGAUACACUUAGAGAAGUACCCAAACUAUAAAUACAAACCCCGACCCAAACGCACCUGCAUUGUUGAUGGAAAAAAGCUCCGGAUCGGGGAGUAUAAGCAACUAAUGAGGUCCCGGAGACAGGAGAUGAGGCAGUUCUUUACGGUGGGGCAACAGCCUCAGAUUCCAAUCACCACAGGAACAGGUGUUGUGUAUCCUGGUGCUAUUACUAUGGCAACUACCACACCGUCACCUCAGAUGACAUCUGACUGCUCUAGCACCUCCGCCAGCCCAGAGCCCAGCCUCCCAGUCAUCCAGAGCACUUAUGGUAUGAAGACAGACGGCGGAAGCCUAGCUGGAAACGAAAUGAUUAAUGGAGAGGAUGAAAUGGAAAUGUAUGACGACUAUGAAGAUGACCCCAAAUCAGACUAUAGCAGUGAAAACGAGGCCCCGGAGGCUGUCAGUGCCAACUGAGGAGUUUUUGUUUGCUGAAUUAAAAUACUCUGACAUUUCAUCCCCCUCCCCCAACAAAAAGUUCUUAAAGAGCCCGCAUGCAUUUGUGGCUCCACAAUUACAUCAGCAGAAUGGUCUUAAUUGUUUCGUAAAGUGUGAGACAGAUUAAGUUUUCCCUGAUUUUUCAUGAACUUGAGUUUUUUGUCGUUAUUGUUAUUGUUGUUGUUGUUGUUUUUUAAUUUAGGUGAAGACAUAUUAAAUAUGAGACACCAGGACUUGAAAACUUAUCUCAACCCAUAGCUGUCUUACAAGUCUUAUAUUUUUGUCUUACUUUUUUUUUUUCUUUUGGAUGUUGAUAAAGGUUUAAGUUACUGUUUUAGAUGGGGUUAAACAUUCUCACUCAGGUAUGCUGUGCCGGCCUACAGGUUGUGAAUGUGUUUUUAUUCUGAAUUACUUUAGAAAACAACUGAGGAUUUCGUAUCGUGAAACAGGACUAGUCCACAGCGUGUGCCGCUGCGUGCAGAGCAUAUUCAGAAGGCCUCGGAAUUCCAUUUCUCCGUGUGUAGAGUUAAACUUUGAAUGUGCCAAACUUUUUCAUAACUUUUGAAUCUUAAUAUUUUGAAAGUCUUAAAGGAGACACUGCAAAGUCUUAGACAAUCUUUGGCAUCUUAAAAUAAAAUAGCAAACCACACUUUCUUUUUUUUUCCAGAAAAUGGUAAAGUACUCAGGAAUCUGGAGACAAGAUAUUGUAAGGAAUGAACAAGGUUGCCACAGUGCAUGUACCCAAUUGUGUUUGCCUCUUGACGUGCCAUCAGUGCGUGACGUGGUAUGACAUUUACACACCAGAGCCAUCACCACACCAGAUACCGACCUGGUGGUCUUCUCUGCCCGAGACCACCUCUCACUACAUCCAUUAUCCCUUUGCCUUUAACCCUGACAUUCAGUCUUAACACGUUUUCUCUUAAAUAAUUUAUUCAUUCCAGAAUGUCAAGGGUCCACUUACUAUUUAUUUAAAAAAAAUUUUUGUUGGUGGCAUUAAUUUAAUAAUUCUUGUUUUUCACCCUCCUUCCCUGAAGAACUUUUCAGCCCUUUUCACCUCCUUCUCCUGCUAGAUACAAAAGAUGUACAUAGAGAUUUUAUGUCCCCAGAGCAUCUGGAAACAUUUCUGAAACAAGAUACUAUCAAAUACCUUUAUUAUUGUUUUUAAAGAUGAGUGUAUAUCUGGCUACAGGGCUGUGUUAUAUGGGUCUAGGUGUACAGUCUUACACUUAAAACAGGUAUGCCCCUGAGGUUCACUGUGACCUCAAGUUUUUUUGCCAGAGUUUCCCCCGAUUCAGUUUGCAACAAGUGGUAGGAUCUGCAUUGGUGGCAUUUCCUCUGAAAUUUGUUCAGCAGCAAGGGUCAACAAUGGUGGCUGCCAGGCGGGAAGGCAGUAGAAUUCUGCAGCCAGACCUGAAGCCCAAGGCUUGUGGGCCAUGUAGAGUCUACAUGCCACUGUCAUGGGCUGGCACCCUUACACCAAGUUGCCUAGCUGGCACAUCCAGGGAGUUCUUUGCAAGUUCCAGGAUGAAAGAAGCCAGAUGAUAUUCUCAAAGCAAAGACAGAGGCAAAUAGUCAUGGAACAUUCAGAGAACGAAAGAAAACCAUAGGGAAGGAGAAGGGGGGGAAUACAUUCCCUAUAUGGCAUGUUCCUACUGUCAAUUCUGGGGAACAGAUAGCUCAUGGGACAGCGACCUCUGGCUGACUCCCUGUAUCUAUGAUGACAAAAUGAACUGCACUUGUCACUCAAGGAGUGCUCUGGAGAUGUGCUGCUGGACUAGGAGGCAGUGAGGUUUCAUUCCCCAUCUCCUAACUACAGGGAGCUCUGCUACGCCAUUCAGACCUUUCUGAACCCAAGGCCUGUUGCCUGUUGGGGAGUCUCUCCCGGUGUGGUUCAGUUGGCCAGUCAGUGAAUGGGACAGUUUGCCUCAUGGGACAACCCAGAAUCUGAUCACCAAGACAUAGGAAUGGCCCCAUCAGAUUUCUUGAGCCAUUUUGUCACUUGGAAGAAAAUAGUAUACCUUCAUAUUUAUUUAAAGAGUGCUCCAGGCCAUACCUAAUAGCAAUAAAUGGUCGAGCUGAGAUGUCACCGGCUCUUUCAUUAGCUGGGAGUGCUCUCUAUAAGCUGUUUAAGGUACUUAUAGGGAUGUUUUGUUCUUAAUAUUGGUUGGGGAUUGGAACUUUGUUCUUGUACAUUUAUUUCAAAUGAGGAGGAGGUCAUUUUUCUUAAAAAAAAAUGAGUAUUUAUUAUGUCUUACUGAUUUCUUUGAUUAUAUACCUCUCCUCCUCAGUUCAUUCUCAUGUUUUCUCCCCUUUCUCUUUGGUUUUGGCUUUUGCUCUUACUCCUUUUUUAUUGUGCUGCAUAGGUAGCGUGUUGUAUGGCUAGCAUUGUAUUGUAUGUAAUUAAUUUUGCACAAAGGCGAACAUUUAGAAUAGUAGGUUAAUUUUGUUUGUUUUUAUGACCAUGCCAAAAUAAUAUUCUGGGCUGGUGGAGAACAAAGGACUGUUCUUUAGGACUGAAACUUGAUUUUGCUUGUAGUAAGAAAAAAAAAAAAAAAACAAAAAACACACACACUCACAGAUGUUGUUUCGUAAGUGUUAUAAGCACUGGAUAUAAAUGGUAUUUUUUAUCACUUCUGACUAAUGUGAAACUGUUGUACGAAAACUACACGAACAAAAGUCAUCUGUUUCGACUCGUGUGGGCUUGCCUCACAGUUGCCGGAUUUGAGUCAUUUUUAUGUCUUGUUAUUUCAUUUAUUUAUGCAAAAUACAUGUGUGUAUGAACACUUUGUUUUAGCUCCAGCUCUGCCUCAGUACUGGGGUGCAGUAACUUCUAGCCAUUUUCUUAAAAAUGAAAGGCUAUUCAGGAAUGAUCUGAUUGUAAACGCCUCUUUCAUUGGCUCAGACAGUAAUGCUGUAUUUGAAUCUAAAUUCUGUGCAUAUUCAGUUUAUUCUAUUUAUUAGCCAAGUUUGGCUCUAAAUAUCCAUGGAAAUUAAGAAUGACAAUCAUCGGGAUCACUUCAUUGUAUUUCAGUGGGGCUUAAACAAAGUUCUUAUGACUUUACCAUCUCAUUUUAGAAUUUUCUAAUUGUGUAAAUAUAACAUAGAAAUAGAAUUUAUUUUUGGUUCAUGAGUACUUAGUGAGAUAUAAAUUAUGUAUUUCUUUUUUGUUCUCUAUCCAUAUGUGUUGGUCCAAACUAGAAGUUGACGAGUCACUGUACUUGCUGGGGACAGUGAAUUCUCAGCUACAGUGAGGGCAGCGUUCAUCCUGCAGCUGGGCCAGCAAAGCCCUACACUCGGGUACUUAUGCAGUUUUCAGCCCGCUGUCCACAGACUCAGACUUUUCCCUUUUUUCCUUAAAGAGAGUGGGUGAAUAGAACAUAAUAAAUUUCCAGUACAGCUAGGAGAGAGUCAAUUUGCUUUGUGAACCCACACAAACCUUAUAAGAUAGUUCUGUGACCAUUUAAUAGUGAGAAGCAUAAUGACAUUUUAAAGGCAAAAAUUUUCCUCUGUGAUUGGCCAUGAAUAACGUCCCACCAUGCCAGUUAAAGAAUGUUGUCACCUUUUUUCAGUGCUCCCUACUUGAAGGUAUCUUCAAAUCAAAGGUAAAAAUUAGCUCCAUUUAAUUUAAAAACGAACAGGAUUAGGGUUUUCUUUGUCAUUUGUGAUAGGGACACUGGUAGACAAUCCUUUCCUUAAAAAAAGGGGGGGGCAUAUAGAAUAGGAAGGAUAAGAAGGAAGGAAGAAAGGAUGGAAGGAAAGAAGUGAGAGAGAAAGAAAAGUUCAUCUGCGGACAUGAACAGCCAGCCUGGCAAUUUCUCUACUUCGCCGGCAGAUUCCAGGCAGUGUCCUUUGCAGGGAGGUGUGGAAGCUCUGUUGUUUUCACGAGGACCCAGCUCAGCCUUUCAGGAGCACAUCGGUUUGCUUCAUUUGGUAUUUGAUACUCUGCAGCCUUGUCCUGGGACCUGAUUUGAUUUGCCAGGGUCCUGACACAGACUCCCAGGCCAAGUUCUAAAUUCAGGUGUGGGCUCACAGUGCUAUUGAGCUGGUCAAAUUUUGACCUCCCUUGGACAUAAGCCCCAUGGGAGCCUGGGGUGUUUAAAAAGGGUGUGAUCUCUCUAGGGCUGAUAUUAAAGGCUGCUUUCUUUGCCUUAUGAAGCCAGGCUGCUGCUUUGGAGCACGCCCUCCUGGGCCAGGAGCACGGGGCUGGCUGAAAGCAGGGAUUGUUUCGGGGAAGCCCAUCUGCCCUCAGCAGGAAGGCAGCCUGGAACUUGAACACCACAACCCGAGCUGCUGCUCUCGAUUUACUCAUUUUGCAAAGAGUUGACCUGUACCAACUUAUUAGGGAAAUGAAAAAGAAUCACUUCGCAGUUUUAAACCAUUCAAGAAGUCCUGUACCAAGUGCCAACAACUGCAAAGGAAUGCAGCUAGAGGAAUGUAUUGAAGUUAUUACUGGGUCUUCCUUUUUAAUGAGAAAGUGACAAAAAUGGUUGCCAUAGCCUCGCCUGAUGUCAUGCACGUUUAUCCAAGGAUUGAGUUGGCACUUAGGCUCACUUCUCAAAAUAUAAUAAUAUCAAUGACCUCAUUUGUCCUUCUACAAAAGCACUUGCAUCAUUUCCUCAAGUCACCUGCCCCCUGAUGUGUUUUUCUCCUCAAUAAACAACUUCUGUUACUCCUGCCAAUCAUGUUCUGUUUCUGAUGCCACAUGCUAUCGAACGUUCCCCCGUACUGAUAAUCAUUGAAAAUAUUGAUAUGCAAAUACAUUUAUUUCCCUUUCAUCCCCAUCUCAUCUUUUCCUUUAGGGAGAGAUUGCUUUCAAAAAACUCAUGGACAAGUAUUUGGAAUGCUGGUACCUUGGGGGCAGAGGGAGGGGUGGGUGGGAUAGGAACAGAAAGGUAAUGCUUCCUGCAGAUACUCUUCCAAUCCGUGUCAGUGGCAAUAGGAACACUUGAAGGCAACUCAGUGACAUAUCUUGCUCAGUAGUUUCUUAUUCCUGAAGAACCGCAAGCAUAAAGUGAGGCCUCAGUGCUGGUGCUCUUGGAGUAUGGGGAAUGUGCAAAUAUUUACCUGUUUUGUAUGCUGCACAUUGCAGAUCUGCUCAUGUGCAUUCUCCGUUUGUCUUCCUUUGUCAUGUGUGUUUUUGCUUUUUUGAAAGUGCAGUCUUUAUUGUACCCUUCUCCAGCUUGUAGCAAAUUAGAAUGCUUAGCAUUUAUGUUCAUUCAUUAUUGUAUUUGCCAUGUAAAAUUUUUAUUACCUUAGACAAGCUUAUAAGCUGUUACUACAUAACUUAUCUUACUGUAACUCUUUUAUUUCCUGACAUUGUAAUUUGUUUGUGAUGUAUAUUGUGAGAUUGUAUUCUAUGUUAAUUUAAUCAGCACAAUUCACUGACAUGCUGGACUGACAUGCUGGCUGCUGUUUCAAAGUGUAAAGUUUGUGUAGGGCUGUUGGGACAACUGUAAUUCUGUUGUCAAGGUACUGUGCUUUGGUUCCUAUAGCAACACUGUGGGUGUGACCCUUGAGACUCUAGGGGCAUCUAAUACACCCUGGAGCAAAUUUUAACUGCAGAUUUUCUUUGUAGAAAUUCUAUGUAUAACACAGGUACCUACUUGGCCCAUGGCUGGUAACUAUUUGGGCAAUUAGAAGAAAAAAAAAAAAAAAAAAAAAAAACCCAUAAAAACUAGUGUCUAUUGCUGCUUUGAAUAUGUUUGAAAGUCUGAAAAUGUAAAUAGUUUAUCAAAAAAAAAUCUUGUACAGUCCAGUGUAAAGUUUUUAAAUGACCUUAAGGGUUGCCAUCACAUCUUUCUCACACUCUCCUCUUGAUAUUGAAAAAAAAAAAGUUUGCUAAGGAUUCAAGAAAUGGGAAAAAAGAGAAUCUCUUUAAAUUUAAAGGAAUUGAUCAUAGUUCUUAGCUUUGUUGCAUACACAAACCUCUUGGAUUUUGUUGUGCAGUAUUGACGUGAGAUAAAACUCAACUCAUUGAAUAAUCUUUCAGUGGUACUUUUCCAAGUCUUCCCCUCCUCUGCCUCAUAAUUAAGGGAAAAGACAAAAUUGAAAGAUGCACUCUUUGUCUAUCCUGGUGUAUGUUGGCACCUUAGCUACUUUUUUUUUUUUUUUCCAUUUUGCACAAGGUGCUUUCCUGAUCUGUCAGACAUGCCAUCCUUGGGUGAUAAAUGUAUAUGCCAUGAUGGGCUCAGGCCCGCAGGGGAGUGUCUAUAAGAACUGCCUAUUUAUGCUCAUUUACCUCAAGACUGUCCUCUCUACCCUAAUCUAGUUGUCAUCACUCCAUCUUUUGUACUGCUGUUGACACUUACCAAUUAAAGAUAAAUUUUGUUUUAUGA